GGCCGGUCUUACACUGUUGUCCCAGCUUUCGAACGAGCAACGUCUGUGUCGAACGUACUCUUAAAUAAAUUCUCGAAAAAAUUCGCGAUUUUUAAAAAAAGUUUUUUAAUUUUUCACUAAUCACAAUCGUGCCUUAAUUUCGCGAGUGAAAUUUUUUUGGGUUCAAAUUUUUGAAAAUAUUGGCGUGGUACAAAGCGAUUAAGAUUCUUACGGAGGAAUAAGGAGGGACUUUUAUUGUGAAAACAAGUUUAAAUAAGCGGGCAAGACGACCGGGAGCAGACUAUACUCGGAUCUUAAUUUUGCGGACCUUAAUUUCCGAUAGAACCCCCCCGCGAUGGACAGAUGGGAUUACAGUCGGCAUGGUCCCAGCACAUGGGUGGAAAAAUUCCCGAUGGCCGCGGGUUCAAGGCAGAGUCCGGUGAACAUCGAGACGGACCGUGCAGAAUCCGAUCACGAGGCACUGAGCAGCAAGCCGCUCCGCUGGAAAUAUCCGUCAACUGCUUCGAAAAAACUCGUUAAUCCUGGUUAUUGUUGGAGAGUUGAUUGCGACGGAGAUGGAACUUUUUUAACGGGAGGACCUUUGAUGGACGACGUCUACAAACUGGAGCAAUAUCAUUGCCACUGGGGUUGCAGCGACUCUCGUGGGUCCGAGCACACCGUCGACGGGCAAGCAUUUGCUGGCGAGCUGCAUUUGGUUCAUUGGAAUACUACCAAGUAUAGAACAUUUGAUGAUGCUGCUAAAGCACCUGAUGGUUUGGCUGUGCUUGGUGUUUUUCUCAAGGUGGGAAAAACUCACGAAGAAAUGGACAAAAUCGCUCGCAUGCUGCCGUACGUCUCGCACAAAGAUGAAAUUAUUGAUGUUAUUGAGCCCAUUGAUCCCAGUAAACUUCUUCCUGUUCGCGGUGGACGUGCGGGUAGGUGUGUUAAUCCGUGCAUGAGGUGGGCGGACAAAAUCAUGCGGCAAGAUAAUAAGUGUGGCUUUCAAGCAGAUGACAACGGUUAUUGGACUUACUUGGGCUCACUGACAACCCCUCCGUGCAACGAAAGUGUCACCUGGGUGUUGUUCAAGAAAUAUAUCGAGGUCUCCCAUCAUCAAUUAAACAUCUUCCGUAAUCUAAGGAAAUUUCCACGGGGCGAAGAGUGUCCUUGUCAUGAAAACCACGGAGUGGUAAUCAAUAACUUCCGUCCUCCACUUCCGCUGGGCAAUCGAGUGCUUCGUGAGUGUGGAAGUUUCUAACUCUGGAACAUAAAUCUUCGGGAAUUUGGGCACCUACUGUAAUCAUUAGCCAUCACGGGGGGUUAGUCAUAAAAGAAAAUAAUCAUUAUUUAGCCAUUAAUAAAAAAAAAAAAAAAAAAAAAUAAUAUUUA